GUGACCAAUGAGGUGUAAGGACAAUGGAUGAGGACGAGACCAGGCUGGCACUACAUUCCCAAGAGCCUAAAAUCAUUCUCCAUGGAUCAGAUGAGGGUGGUGCUGCAGGGGAGGAGUUUGUGGUGGAGCUGCAGGAGACUGUGCUGGUGUCGGAGGGGGAGGGGGAGGGAAUGGCGGUGCAUGGAUUUGCUUCAGACGAGCUGGUAAUCCAGGAUGCUGUUGAGGACGUGGUGUCUGAGUAUGUGCACUGCGAUGAGGACGAGGAUGUUGCUGUGGAGACGUGUGUGAUGUCACUGGAGGGGGAGGACGAAGGUGUUGCCAUGGGGGACAUCCCUGAGGAUGUGAUGGUCGCAGACGGGCAUACCCAGGAUGAACUGGACCCAGAGCAAGACACAGACGGCUGUGGGGACUACCUGAUGAUCUCCUUGGAUGAGGCAGGCAAGAUGGUGUCAGACGAUGGCACAGAGGUGACUGUAGAGGGAGCCGAGGAGGACCAGGAGGUGGAGAAGGAUGAGGACGGCCAGGAGGUGAUCAAGGUGUACAUCUUCAAGGCAGACUCUGGGGAGGAUGACCUGGGAGAAACAGUGGACAUCAGUGAUGGAGACACAGAGGAUGUGGCACUGACGGACUCUACAGGCCGAACGCUCCGAGAGAAGAUGGUGUACAUGUCUCAGGGGGACCAUGGUUCAUCAAAGAUAUCUGAUGAGGUUUAUAUGGAGGUGGUGGUGGGGGGUGAGGAACCAGUGACCCACGAGCGGUCGUACGACGGCACGGCUCUCAGCAAGGACUUCAUGCCUGUGGCCUGGGCAGCCACGUAUGGUUCUGAGGACAGUGAGAGUUGUGAGAACAGAAACGGUGCUGCCAGUGCUCUGCUGCACAUUGACGAAUCAGACGGAGGGGACAAGCUCAACAGGCAACGAAACAAGAACAAGAGAACAAGGGCUGAGCCUCGCCAGGUCCAGACAGCCAUCAUCAUUGGUCCGUAUGGCCAGCCUCUGACAGUAUAUCCCUGCAUGCUCUGUGGCAAGAAGUUCAAGUCGCGAGGCUUCCUGAAGCGCCACACCAAAAACCACCACCAGGAUGUCCUGACCAGGAAAAAGUACCAGUGCACGGACUGUGACUUCACCACCAACAAGAAGGCCAGCCUUCAUAACCACAUGGAGGUGCACACGCUGAGCAACAAGGCUCUGUUUGAGUGUGAGGUGUGUGGCAAGGAGUUCCACCAGCAGGCGGUGCUGUUCUCCCAUCGAUUGCAGCACCACCACCGUGAGCCCAAGAGCCCUGUGCCUUCACAGGCCAACAAGAUGCACAAGUGUAAGUUCUGUGACUACGAGACGGCUGAACAAGGACUGCUCAAUCGCCACUUGCUGGCCGUCCAUAGUAAGAGCUUUCCCCACAUUUGUGUGGAAUGUGGCAAGGGUUUCCGGCACCCCUCCGAGCUGAAGAAACACAUGCGCACACACACUGGCGAGAAGCCUUACUCUUGCCUCUACUGCGACUACAAGUCGGCUGAUUCCUCCAACCUGAAGACGCAUGUCAAGACCAAGCACAGCAAAGAGAUGCCCUUCAAGUGUGAACGCUGCUUCCAGACCUUUGCUGAGGAGGAGGAGUUGCUGCAGCACGGGCUGACACACGAGGAGGCCAAAACCCAUCAGUGUGCCCACUGUGAACACAAGAGCUCCAACUCCAGUGACCUGAAGCGCCACAUCAUAUCGGUGCACACCAAGGACUACCCCCACAAAUGUGCAGUCUGCGAUAAAGGUUUCCACCGGCCGUCUGAACUGAAGAAGCACUCGGCGUCGCACCGUGCCAAGAAACUGCACCAGUGCCGGCACUGCAACUUCAAGAUAGCGGACCCCUUUGUGCUCAGUCGCCAUAUCCUGUCGGUUCACACCAAGGAGCAACAGGCCUCUCCUGAAAAGAACGGAGCCAAAAGGACCUUAUUGGGGUCUUCCCCUGCCUCUGCCUCUGCCAGUGCACCGGUGGCAAAGAAGCAGGUUUUGGUGCCUGGUGCUAGUUCUAGUGCUGCGGGCUUGGCCACAGGGCCCAGGGAGAGGAGGGUGUACCAGUGUCAGUACUGUGAUUACAGCAGUGGGGAUGCCUCAGGCUUCAAGCGCCAUGUGAUCUCCAUCCACACAAAAGACUACCCCCACCGCUGUGAGAUCUGCUCUAAAGGCUUCCGCAGGCCCUCAGAGAAGAACCAACAUAUCGCACGCCACCACAAGGACUUGGUGCAGGCAGAGUGAUCCUGGCACUGCCCACUCUUUACCACCAGAACAACACUAAUGCAACCACCACCACACCGUAAUCAAUUGAAUGUGUGUGUGUGUGAGUGUGUGUGUGUGCAUGUGUGUCUGCUGCAUUAACAGGGAACAUCUAUUAUUUUUACCGCAAUCACUCUCAAGCCAACUUUCCUGCAACUGAAAAUUAAUUUACGUGUACAUAUACCGGUGUAAGGCCUAUGGAAUAAGUUGACAAAGCCCUGUACAGACUUGCACUUUAUCUGCAUGUCCCCCUGCUGGUGACAGUGUUGCAUGGCGGAAUGUGCAAGAGUCGCAGGUCUCGCUGAGGUCUUUGUAGAUUCAUUGUUUUUACUCCACAGCCACAAUCAGUUCUUUAUUAAAGUGGCGAUUUUUAAGCCUACUUUAACUUGGCACACGACUAAGAUAAAAUAUGAUCUACAAGCUGUUUGUAUUCACACAAUAAAAUGGACAUUCACCUGCUGAGAGAAAAAGCAGAUCCACUGAGCAGAGUGGUCGAGAUUAACUCAAUUCUAAUAGCACUUGCCACCAAUUUAUUUUAAGAAUUAUGAAUGCAGUAGUCAUGAACUCAUUAAUUAUACCUGAUGCUUUGAAUGCUGAGACACGAAGAGUAUGUGUGUUGUAUGUAGUUGAGUGCUUGCUUGUGUGUAUGCCUGUUGUGAGGGAUGUCAGUUAAUGUAUCUAUUGUGCUUCCUGGUAGUCUGACCCCACAUCUCCCUGUUGUCUUAUCUUUGGUAUUCUAAGAACUGUCGUUGUUCUGAGGAGAACUGUCUGUCCGGCCAUGUACGUUUGUCCGGUGAAGGAGUUGACUGCAUCAUAGCAAAUAGCCACGGCAUUUGUAAAAUCUGUGGCUUCAGAGAAGGUUUAUUAGUUGAUUCACUUAACACAGUGAGAUACUAGAUGUGGCCAACCAUGCCAUCGGGUUAGAGGGUUCUAAUAUACAGGUAAGCAGUAUCAACUCCAAACCCAUAAACCCCUCUUUAUACACAUUAUUUUACCCCUAAUAAGCUUGAUUAUCAGACACCUGACUGAAGUGUGAUGCAGCGCCAGCAAGGCCUUCGGGGUGAGGAUGCACACUAUCUGGUACCACUAAUUCAUGACCACAACAUUACACGCUCCUCACCUCCUCAAAACCUAUUGGAUGAGAGCCAUAGGUCCAUCCCCUCUGACCUUCUCCAAUGGGUUUUGAGAAGGAGAGGAUGCGAGGAGUAUGCGAUUGAGAUUCUCCCAUCUGCUUAUGUCAGUGACCAGUGAGCGGUAUUAGUUCCCUGAAGAGAGAUGUAACUCGUAAAGACUUGUGGUAUGUUUGUACUCUGGCUUCGACAGUUCCUUCCCCUGUGAUAAUUUUUAUAUUUAUUUCAUCAUCAUGAAAUUUGUUGUAUAGUUCAGUGUAACUAGAAUUCUAUGGGACGUAAAUUAUUGUUUUGUACACAAAUCUGUAAAAAGUGUGUAGAUGUAAACACUUAAAUAAAAGGAGGAAUCAGAACUGUGUUGUUAUGGAUGUACUUGACGUAUUUGUUAAAAAAGCUAUGAAAAAAAGAUAAUAAAAGCAAAGUAUUUUA